UCAUUCACAAGACGAAAGCGCUGCUGCCGAAACACCGAACACCGUCUACUCCCGUUUGUAAUAAACACAUUCCGGAUUAUUUUAUGGAUUUAUAAAUGCACGUUUCACGCAUUUCACGGAUUGUACUACGGCCUGGGAAGUGCUUUUCAAGGAGCGAUUGGAUUUUAGAAGUUUCCUCCAGCAGGGAACUGGAUUGAUGUCUUAAUGCAACUAUUUUGGAAAGAGACUAAGGGCAUCUUAACGAAGACUCCAAGUAAAACUUGUUACGGUGACAUCCCGUUCUCGCCGGGCACAGUAGGUGUUUCGGCUUCUUUCGGCUCCACCGGGGAGAUGUUUCAGGGGUUCCCCGGAGACCCCGACACCGGCUCCCGUGGAAGCUCAUCUCCUUCUCUUGAAUCUCAGUACCUGUCGUCCGUGGAAUCUUUCGGGAGUCCGCCCACCACCAGCGCACCGCAAGAGUGUGUAUCAGCCACUGGCGGGGUAGGGGUGGGUGGAGGGUCAACCGGCACCGGGGCAGGGGUGGACAUGCCCAGCUCAUUCGUGCCCACAGUGACGGCCAUCACCACCAGCCAGGAUCUGCAGUGGAUGGUGCAGCCCACUCUCAUCUCCUCCGUAGCACCAGGACAAAGCGGCACGGGCUCCAGCACCAUGACGCAGCCUGUUGCUUUGGAUCCUUAUGACCUGCCGGGCCCAAGCUUUUCGUCAGGUGGAGGCUUCACCCCACCAAGCUCUGACACUCCUGGCCCGGUGAGACAGUCACGGAGCCGCCGCCGCGCGCGGGAUGAAACGCUGACCCCCGAGGAGGAGGAGAAAAGACGCGUGAGACGAGAGAGAAAUAAACUGGCCGCCGCUAAGUGUAGGAACCGACGGCGUGAGCUCACAGACAGGUUACAGUCGGAGACAGAUAUGUUGGAGGAGGAGAAGGCCGAGCUAGAGGCCGAAAUAUCCGAGCUGCAAAAGGAGAAGGAGCGCCUGGAGUUCGUCCUGGUAGCCCACCAGCCCGGCUGCAAAAUUCCCUAUCAGGACCAGCCCCCCGCGCCGCUGCCGCAGACUUCCCCGCAGGCGCCUUCUGUCUCCGUGGUGGGCUUGACUGUGAAGGAGGACACUUUCUACCUGCCGCCCGCCUACUCGUCCCACCACCACCACCACCACGUCCCGGUUUCACAGCCCACGCAGACACAGCCGGCCCCGGCACAACAGCAGCAAGGGAUGAUGCAGGAGGUAGCCUUUUCUAGUUCUUUCUAUGGGCAGGGCCAGCCGGCGCCGGACGGCCCGUGCCUCGUUGCCGACGGUGGCGGUAACCCUGACGCCGGCAGCUACAUCCCCUCAUACACAUCUUCAUUUGUGUUCACCUACCCAGAGGGAGCCUGCGGGGCCAGCGCUAACCAGCGAACCAGCAGCAGCGAUCAGUCCUCUGAUUCCCUGAACUCACCCUCGCUUCUUGCACUUUGAGAGCUCUGCGUCUCUCUGCCUCUGCUUGCCUGUCGACAGCAGCACACGCACACGCACAGAUGCAAACACCUUUCAGACGUUGUACUGAUCUUUUACAUUAAAGCCUUUCGAUUCGAAACCUUUCGAGGCCCAGAUGCGUUAGCGUCUGAGUGACUUCAUCGAAUGAUGUAAGUGUAUAUUAAUUCACAAUGAAUUCAGGCUUAAUAUCAAGAUGAGUCAGUAGCCCAUGCACACACACACACACACACACGCACACGCACGCAAUCACACACACUUAAAUUGUCAUAGACAUUCAAUUCCGUUUGACAUAACAAUGAAAGCACAUCAGCGCACUCCCCCUUGCUUUUAUCUUUUCUCGCUCCGGCUUACAUUGGUGUACCAUCUCCCUCCUUCUCUCUCUAUCCACGCCAGGUGCCUGCUGUGUAUUUGUCUAAGCAAAAAGAAAAGGGGGCACAGAACUGCUUUGUGGGUUUUGUUUCGCCUUUCGGGCCUACCUUGCUACGCUUUCUUUCUCCAUCCAGUUCAUCCACACCUAUCCCUGUGACAAAAGGACAUGACCACACACUCUCUAGCUACAGUACCUAUCUCUCUCUUUUUUUUUUCUCUCCCUCCGUUGUCCAUCUCCACAUCUGUUUCUCCUCUCUCCUGUCUCUAUGUACCUCUGGUUCUCUCUGAAGUCUUCGGCCCCUGAGAGCCCGUUGGACCCUGAAAGCCCAUGGAACCUUGAGUGAGUGCCAGCCCACACCCCAACACCACAAAUUUCCUUCGCACGGACCGGCCCACAGUGGAACCUCAGAUAUUUGACAAAAAAAAAAAAAUCGAAACAAACCAGCCAUCUAGGAUGCCACCCCACACUGGCUAAAAGGAACGGGACUCUUUACUUCUCCUCUUUAUUUCAGAGGAUUUCAUUUGGGAUGAGCGGAGGAGACACACCGGCUAGACUCCAGCGGAGGAGCUUUGGAGAGCCCUUGGAACGUGGAGGUAUGAGAUGGUGAGAGCAUUCGCAUGACCGUGCUCUACCUGGUCCUCUGAGAGCUUUCGCGCCGUGUUCGUCCCUUUCUCCUUUUUGAGGAGUUUGUUUGUUUGUUUCAUUCUGUGUUUCAACGAUAGUAUUAACUCUGAUCUCAAAAGUGGCUUACCUGAUGAUAACAUACAAGAGUGGCUCGACACUCUGUGUUCGAAGAGCAUUAUAACGAGCAACCAAAAAAAAAAAAAAAAAAAAAAAAAAAAAAAAAAAAAAGGACAACCUCUCGGUUUUGGAUGAGUGGCCUCUGUGCUUCUUAAAGUCCUUGACAUAGUCUUUGAGCUGUGGAUGUGGUUUAGCGCAGCUCUAGGCUUUGAUUGUGAAUGGAAGCCACAGAGUACUACAUCUCCAGUUGAUUUCUUUCUUUAAGGGGGUUGUUGUUGUUGUUGCUGUUGUUGUUAAAAUGGAAAAAAAAAGCACAAAUGCCGGCUGCGGACGGAAGGAACACAAAGCGGUGGCCAACCUAAAGGACGGGAUGUGCUUUUGAAUAUGAACCGUUUACUUUCCUGUGAAUGUUUUUGAUGUUUUGAGUUACUGAUUUUUUUCAUGAUGCUUUUUCUCUUUUGCUCUUGAUUGUGCCGUUGCUGCCAAAUGGAAGAAUUUUGGGGCUGAAAGCUGCUCCUUCUAUCUGUUACUGUUGUCUUACUGCAGUUAUCACAAAUAUUGUUAUUAUGGUUAUUAUUAUUAUUUCAUAGUUAUCUCAUGUUGGCAACUAAAAGGCAUGUUGUGCACUAUGAACCUUUUUAUGUCAAAAACUAUAUAAAUAUAUAUAUAUAUAUCAAAUAUAUAAAAUUAUGUAUGCAUAUAUAUAUAUAUAUAUGUAUAUAUACAUAUUCAGUGUGUAUAUAUAUAUACAAUUAUUUUAAUGUAAUGUAUGAAUGUUCAGAAAAUGUUAUUUUUGUCAAUGAAGACAGAAGGGAGAGCUUGAUGCACUUGGUUUUUGGUUUAAACAUAGAUAUUUUUCUAAAAGAACAAAAAAGUAUAUUAUAAUAAACAAUAACAGCCCGCCUUUCCCUUAAUAUGAAAAGCAUUGUCACUGCCUUUCAUUCGAAACGUGUAAUAUGUAUGAUGACUGUAUUGAAACUGUGGUGCAUAUAGUGUUAUAUAUGUAUCACAGAUUUGUGCUGUGCUUAAUUUGUCAAUGAGGUUGGUUCCACAGCCCUUGUUCAUCAACCCCUGUGGACAAAACACACUGGACGCGAAAUACCUAUAAAUGCAUAAAUAAAUCAGUCCAAAAAAAACAGAA